AUGAUCAUUGAUCCUAGUUCAUAUAGUAAUCGAGACCUCCUUCUAUUCACACAAUUACUCCAUACCAAAGGGUACAUUGAACCCAAGUCAGUGGAGAACAACGACUCAAGUCUAGACGAUAUCAGCACCGAAUGGUUCCAUCAUACCUCUACCCAACUUUCGAUUCAAGACGGAUUACCCAUAGACAAACCCUGGAGUCGACAACAAUGCUACCAGCUAUACCAAAACUUGCUCAAACUGAACCCGGACUGUGAAAACACCACCGACCUAGCCAACCACUACUACUACACCAGAAUCAACGAACUUACUUCCAAGAUUGACCAGUAUAAACUGACCUUCCCCAAUUUGGAAUAA